AUGUUCUUUAUUAUAGGAUUAAGUAAUAGCAUAUCACUGAUGAGAAAAUUCCAUAGCCUACCAAAAAUACCGUAUAUACCGCCAGCCAAACAUCGGAAACAGCAUACUGGUGAUCUUGAGACGAACUUCGACCCUUGUAAAAUAAUGCAAUUUUGCCAAAAUGGUGGUACUUGUGUAUCGAAAAAAGGAUCGUGCUGGUGUAAACAAGGUUUCACUGGAUCAUUAUGUGAAUAUUCAGAAGAGCUACGCCAAUGUGAAGAAGAAUACUGCUUGCAUAAAGGGAUCGGAAGAUUAAUCAAGUCCUCCAAUAAUACCACAAAAUGUGAAUGUGAAUGUCAAAAAUAUCAUGCUGGAAAACGAGUAAGCAGCCAGAGAAUCUGUAAAAACCCUUUAUGAAA